CGCCAGACAACAACGCGACCGACUUCACUUCCGCGGCCACACCGCGCUAGAGGAGGGUUUCCUCCGGCCGGUAGUCUGUGCCGCCAUCUUUGCGACGUAUAGGCAGCAGGGCGCGCCACCACAUUUCACGGUUCAGAAAGAAGUGUCGCAGAUAUGGCGACCUUGGAGCAGGAGCUUCUCGCGGAUUUCGCGGACGUGGGGUCUGAUGAAGAGCAGGUGGACAUGGGAGGGGACUUCGGAGACGACCUGGCCGACCUGGAGAACGACUUUGGUGGCGGCGCGUCGGCCGACGAAGAUGGAGACGAGAACAUGGCAGACGAGGAAGCCGAGUACGCGGCCAAGCAAAAGAAACAAAAAGGGCCAGCGGAUAUCAGGGGUGCUGCGAAUCUGAUUGCGAAGCUGAAGCCGAUCCUGGAGCAGAUUGAGGCGGUCAAAGACAAGAUGGAGGAGGUUAUGGACGGAGAGUCGAUCGAAGACAACCCCGAGUACCAGCUGCUCAAGGAUGCCAACGAGAACUCAACCCAGAUUGACGACGAGAUCAUGCUUGUGCACAAGUUCAUUCGCGACCACUAUUCGUUGCGGUUCCCGUACCUCGAAGAGCUCAUUAAGAACCCCAUCGACUACGCAAAGACCGUCGCCAUCAUCAAGAACGGACCUCUGGACAAUAUCAAAGAGAUUGCUCAGAGUACGGAUAAUCUGGUCGGUGUACCUUUGAAGACGAUCUUGGAAGGCCCUCAACUCAUGGUCGUCACCGUUGAAGCUUCGCGAGCAGCAGGCCGAGACCUUAACGACGCAGAGCUCCAAGCCAUCUUGGAUGCUUGCAUGAUGCUUCUUCAUCUUGACAAAGCCAAAGGCAUCCUCAUCGAGUAUGUCCAGUCCCGCAUGGCUGCUUUCGCUCCCAACCUCACGAUUCUUAUCGGCUCCCUGACCGCGGCUCAACUUAUCAACUACGCCGGAGGUCUCGCUGGUCUUGCCAAGACUCCUGCCUGCAACAUCCCACCUUUGGGCUCUAACAAAGCCACUGGCCUCGGCUUCGCAACUAAUGUUGGUAUCCGCCACCAAGGCUUCCUCUACCACAGCCCCCUACUCCAAACCGUUCGCCAGGACCUCAAAAAACAAGCCAUGCGCAUCGUCUCGGGGAAGCUCAUCCUCGCCGCUCGUGUAGACAUGGUGCAUCAAUCUCCAGACGGCUCCACCGGUCGGGAACUCAAAGACGAGUGCGAGCGCCGCCUCGACAAGCUCACUGAGCCACCCAAAAAUCAAGGCGUAAGAGCGCUCCCCGCCCCAGAUGAUAAGCCCGCCCGUAAACGCGGUGGACGGCGCGCGAGGAAGGCCAAGGAAGCUACCGCCAUGACGGAGAUCCGCAAAGCACAAAACCGCAUGGCGUUCGGCAAAGAAGAAAAGGAGGUCGGGUACGGUGCAGGCGACUCCACAAAGGGCAUGGGCAUGAUUGGCGCGACAGAUACAGGCCGCCUCCGCGCGCACCAAAUAGACCCAAAGACGCGCGCCAAACUUUCCAAGAAGAACCCCGGCUGGGGCGGCGAUAGUUCGCUCAACGGCGCAAACACGUCGCUCAGGGGCUUCGGUGCCGGUGGUACGGCAACCAGUCUGCGCGCUUCGGGUCUGCGGACAGGCGGCGUGGGGCUCCCCGGUGCGGGAACCAGCUCCAUUGCGUUCACGCCUGUGCAAGGGCUUGAGCUUGUGGAUCCAAAGAUCAGGGAGGAGAUGAACCGAAAGCGAAAAGCCGAGGAGGACAGGUGGUUCAAGGGCGGGACGUUCACGCAGCUGAAUGGGACGAGCACGGCGAAAGUGGAUAGCGGGGGUUUCAAGGUUCCUGCGCUGCCAGUGAAGAAGCAGAAGCAGGGGUAGGAGAUUGUGUGAUUUAGGGGGGCAUUCAUGGCGCUUUGGUGUAUCAGCGAUUGCAUUGGGCGGCGUUGAAGGGGUACGGCAGUCUUGUUACCCUGUGGGUCUUUUGAGGGGGCGUCAGCUAGAUAGCCAGCGACCUUUUUCCGUGAAUGCGAGUAAAGCAUCUUGUUCACGUAGUGUCUAAAUCUGCAGUCAUACUGCUCAGAUCAAGUUUAGCUCGAAUGUAUCGGUCU